AUGAUCCUCACCGAAAACGCCGUUCCCACUCUCGUCUCCAUCGCAAACAACCGACAACCGACUGACAACCACACAGCGGAGCCCAAAAAAGGUCCAGAUAAACAAGAUUAUCGUGUGCAAAAUGUGAUUAAAUUGACUGAGAAAUGGACCAUUAACUGUACUAUUAGGAUUAGGACCUGGACCUAUGCCUACAAGAUGAUAAGGUCGAAGGGUGACCCUUUAGAUCCUUUGAACAGCUCUAGGAGUCCUGUUGACCCCAGUAAACACCUCAAUCUGCACAAUGGGUAUGACGAGGUUACGACAUCAGUGAGUGGCCGCGCAGAUGAUCUUUCCUACCGCUGCUCGUCAGAUACCUUUGAUCCUGACGGACGCACUUUCAAUAUUUCAGGAAAUUGGACUGUGCUGUCCACAGAGGGAGAUAAACCUAUUCCUCGUUUCUAUCAUGCAGCAGCCAUCGUAAGUAGCAAGAUGGUAGUGUUUGGUGGUGAUUCUGGUCAACGCUUAUUAGGUGACACAAAGAUACUGAAUUUAGAGAAGCUUACUUGGGAUUCUGCGCCUCCUAAAGUUUACCCAUCACCAAGUGGACGUUCGAUGAAGUUGCCAGCCUGCAAAGGUCAUUGUCUGGUUCCAUGGGGAAAUAGUGUCAUUCUUGUCGGAGGUAAAACUGAGCCUGCUUCUGAUCGUUUAUCAGUAUGGACUUUCAAUACAGAAACAGAGCUUUGGUCACUUAUUGAAGCCAAGGGUGAUAUCCCUGCAGCUCGAAGCGGCCACACGGUGAUUAGAGCUGGUGCUACAUUGAUACUUUUUGGCGGUGAGGACACAAAAGGAAAGAAACGGCAUGACCUUCACAUGUUUGAUCUUAAGUCAUCAACAUGGCUUCCAUUGAACUAUAAAGGCACUGGACCUUCUCCAAGAUCCAAUCAUGUUGCUACACUGUAUGAUGAUAGGAUCCUUCUAAUUUUUGGAGGCCACUCAAAAUCUAAGAUACUUAAUGACUUGUAUUCUUUAGAUUUUGAUACAAUGGUAUGGUCAAGAGUGAAGACCCAUGGUCCUCACCCAUCACCUCAAGCUGGUUGCAGUGGAACUCUGUGUGGAACUAAGUGGUACAUAGCUGGCGGUGCAAGCAAGAAAAAACUACCCCCUAGUUCAUCAAUUACUACAAAAAAAGGUUUCAGCAUGGUUCCUUUCUACCACAGGGACAAGAUUGCUCUUAUUGCAUUUGGAGGGAACAAAAAAGAGCCGUCCAACAAGGUUGAAGUAUUAGUGGUACUGCAAAAUGAGCAUUCUUUUAGUUGGCGUUCGGCCCCAGAAGUGGACCGUGUGCUGUACGAGUACCCUCCAAGCAAUAAGGAGCUUGCUGAUCAUCUCAACAAAUGUGCCCCCUUGUACUCUAACAGUUCCAUCGCAAGGCAUAGUCUCACUUCUGUGAUAGAACACCCUCCUAGAAGGGAACCCCUCUCUGAGUCAUUGUUGAAGCAGUCCAGUUUGGGCACUUCACUCCAUGGGCAGUUGGAUCAAGUAGAAGAGUGCAGCCUAGAUUGUUUCUUACAGCCGAAAGGGCAUCGGAGCAAAAGGACAGGACCUGGUAUUCAGAAUGACAUAGCAGAAAAUAUGGUGACUGGAGGAUCAAAUGAGCUGCAUUCCACUCGUAGAGUUUUAGCAGGAGAACAGUCGCGAGCGUUCCAGCUCCAGGUUGAAGUGUUCCAUCUCAAGCAGAGGCUGCAAAUACUGGAGGGAAGAUCAGGAACACCCACCAAACAACCUCUAUAG